GGCGAGGCAAGCUACCGCCGUUGGAUCAUAAGGGUGCGGCUCGGAUUGAGGUAUGGAGCGGAAGGGUGGAGCAGAGCUCCAACCAUGGCGGGCGCGGGUCGGUGCUGAGAAGGCCUCCAUGCCGAAACGGGGACACCCAAAUGAGAAGAAGAAGGUAGGAGACGAGCGAGAGAGAUGGAGGAGGAGGAGGCUGCGGCGGCCGUCGACAAUAUCGCCAUUUAUCUCCGCCUCCCGACGCCGGGGAAAUCGGACGCAGUGGUGGUCGCUGGUCAGGGAACAGCAGCUGCCAGCAGCACGGGAGCCCGCUCUACCUUGGCCGCCGCGCGCGUGUCGGUGAUGAACCGGAGUGCUCUCGAGCCUCCCGCCGCCCUCAAUACUGUUCAUACCAUUGCCCUCUCGAGCUUCUCCUCGUCUCCGCCGCAUGGCGUGGCCUGCUGGGACUGGGAUCCCUCCUCUACAGCUGCUCACGUCGCCACGGCCUUCGCCUCCGGCACCGGCCCUGUCCACUCGAUCGCUUCGCUGCCGCCGCCAAAUCUUGCAAUUGCUAGCUCACAUAUACUCUGGAGUCAUGCAGAAUCAAACGAGGUGGGUCUUACUGGAACAAAGAAUAAACUGUUCCACAAAAAUCCACUCUCUCAAAAUCUGAGUGAGGUGCUGCUAUUCAGGACUCGCUGCAGCCUGGUAAAUUGCAGCAAGGAAAUCUUUGCUGCCUUCAAUCUUGCGAAUUUCCCUCCAGGACGAGCUAUCAAGUGA